AUGGCGUCUCUAUGGACCUAUGAGAGCGUGUACUACUUGCUCAAGAGUGGCCGUGCCUCCGAGGACCAGAAGCAGUCGCUUCACACGUUUUUGACCGCCAAUCUCAAGGAUCUCCAGACGUGUUGUGACCCCAUUUGUGACCCAACGGUUCUGGCAGCGGUGCGGUUCGAGGAGGAUCGCAAGGGCAAUGACGUGCACAAAAAGGCUGGCGAGACCACCAAGACCAAGAUUGAGCAGAUCAAGAAGCUCAAGGACACAUCCAUCAACGGAUCCACCGUCAAGGUGCCCGAGGAGGCCGUCAAGGAUGCAGAGCUGGUUCUCAACCACCUCAACGUGUCUGUGGCCGAGGCGGUGCGAGUCGUCAUGUCGUUCCCCUUUGGCACCACCGACGAUGCCAAACGGGUGCGGUUGUACACCAACCGGAUUCUUAGCGAGCGACGUUUCAAGGUCCAGGUUGUGUCUGAGCUGUUCUACAUGUCUUCUCGAUUGGCCAAAGCAAACGGCAACCUGGGCGACCUCCCUGACGAGUUUGCUCGUAAAAUCCACACCAAGGGCUUUUCCAGUCAUGUUCUGGAACAACUUGUGCGAAACGCCAACCUCAGUACAUACUGUCGACGAGAGAAGGAGCCAUUAGUGGCUGGAAAAAAGUACGAGAGUGCAACAGACAUUCUCGGGCUAUUGCGAUUUGCUUCACAAAGACUCCAGGUGGAGAUUCUGAAACUAGCAUACAACGGAUACUACUUUUUCGACGAGAAUCCGUCUGCCGCUGACGUCAAGCAAUGGUUCGAGAGCCUGGACAACCUACCGUUCCUGGGGGAGUACUCCGAGGCCUUCUGCUACUCGAUUCUCAUUUCUCUGGUUCUUCUCGACCUGGACCAGAUGUUCGACGUUCCAUCAGACCUCGAUGACCGAGUCGAUCCUCCGGAAACUGACGAGCCCAUCCCCGACAACGUUUACUUUAAAGACCCUGCAACCCUGACUGCGGUCAAUAACAUCAUUCAGGAACAUAUGAAUGAGGAGCUCUGGAGCCCCAUUGUUCUGGCAUGGUCCCAUGUGCUUCAGCGAGUCACAUUCAGACAGGAGGAGACCAACGAUCGGGCUCUGGUGCCCUUUAUCGAUCAGGUUUCGGCUGACUGCAACGGCCAGAGCCCCUACAUUGUUUGCACACAACUGGCCAACCAGUCUCUCAACCGAGGAGUGUUGGCAGUAACACAGAGCGCGUACCGAGGACUGGCAAAGUCCGCAGAACACACCAUGGUCUUCAUGUCUCUUUGUCGAGCCAGUUUCCGUCUUGUUCCUUUGACGGAGGCGUUCGCAGAGCUCGUGGCUACAGUGCUGGGUCCCUAUCCAGGAUACUGUCGAUACCUAUUGGAGAACACACUCAAGAUCAGAGAUGCCAUGCUAAUUGCGCUAUCUCGAUUUCCCUUUGACAUUGAGCCGUUUCUGUACAUUAUGCUGGCUAUGGAUGGAGAAACAGCCUUCACUGAGGUAUACCAGAUGCGAACUUUGAUGCAGCAGCUGUUACCCGGAUUCAAGGACUACACAUUCUCUGAGACCGAUACCAACAUUGUCACAUUGACGGGCGGAGUGCCUGUGUUCCCCGAGUUUGUCAUUCCUCCUGGAACCUCCGGUACUCUUGUUCCCGGUGACAACAUACCUCCUCUGGUCAUGUGGGCAACGGAGUUCAACGGAUGGGCGUACCUUGGUAAGCUUCUUUCUCAACUGAGUGGUCGAACGGCUGCUCUCAUCAUUAAGCUCAUGCGAAAGGUGAUUUCCAAAGUUGAUGCUGAGGUUGCAGACGAGCUGCUCAGAAGUGCAUCCAUGUGGGAGGAGGAUAUUGUAGAGGUGAUUGCUAAGCACCUGGUGGACGCUUACGCCAACCAGCAUAUUUUUGUGGCUACCGAGAGUGUCAAGUUUUUCACAGCUCUGUGUCGAAUUCAACCCGAUCGAAUCUGGCCCUUCCUUUCCCGAGCAGGAAUUCUUGCUCAGAACGGACGGCCGGGAUUUGCAGCCAUGGUUCUUGGAAGCACAGAGAUUGUCAAUGGCGAGUACUCUUUGACUCUGGCAUUGCUUGAUUUGGCCGAUACUCUUGUAGAGAACGCUGUGGCUUCUUCCAUCGACUCCAAGGUGUCUGCCAAGGAACAGAGCGAUGUGCUGCACAAGCUUACACGACACUACAUCGACGUGUUUGAGUCGUGCAGCUACUGGAAGUACGUCAACAAGGACCAGCGUGUGGAGCUCAUGUCCAAGAGUGUGAGAAUGUUCCAGCAGACUGUGCAUUAUGCCUUUGCCAUGGAUAAUGUUGUGCCUGUACUUCGGGCUAGUGCAGAGUACAUUCUGGAGGGAUUCCUGACUUCCACGGGCGAGGACCUGGGUCCCCAGAGACCUCUGCUUACCUGUCUGGACUCUACUUCGGUGGAAUGGGUCAAUGCCUCUUUGGAGUUCCUUACCAAGAUUGUGGAGGCCCGAACUAACCUCGAGCUGGCUCCUUCUGUGCUUGAGAAGCAGCUCUUCUUGGCCAGUCCCCAACUCGUUGAGCUGUACCAGCAGUUCCCCUUUCACAAGAAGGUGAUUGAUCUGAUGACUGCUCUUGUUGAUUCCAGUUGGGUUGAUUGUGAACAACCCUCUCUGUUGGCCCAUCUGGGGCAGUUUCACUCCCAGUUGCUUCUCAAGUCGCUUAUCGCGUCAAUGGAGAAUAAUUUGGAGACCACAGAGACUGUUAUUGGCAUCUGUGCAUUCUUUGGAGCUGUCGUUGACGGUUCUUCGCGUCAGGAUGGUCUGUCUAUUCUGCUGGUGACGGAGAAAGACUCUCUCUUGGAGGUGCUUGAGACCAAAGCUCUUGAAUCCAAGGACUACUCGUCGAGAGUGUUUGUGCAUGUCAUCAAGGCCAUUGCUCUUGCUCGAAACACCUGGUCCACCGUCACAAAGACUUCUAAGGAUCGACUCACGAAACUGGUUGGAAAGAUGGUCGAGGUUGUUGAUUCUGUGCCUCUGCAGCUUCCGCAGGAGAUCAGAAGUCCCAAAAAGUCGUCCAACAAGACGGUGACUGUCGAGGCUGCGUACCAGCGAUUCUCCGCUGCCAAGGCUGUGCAGGUGAUAGCUCAGGAGCUAUUCAAGGACCCUGAGACUGUCGGAGCUCUGAUCAAGUCCAAGUGGGGCUCUAAAAUGCUCAAGCUCACCAAGUCCUUCUCUUCCAUCCAGCUGUACAGAUCUUCUCUUCAUGGCAACCUCAUUCGCAACUUUCACGCAAAGUGGAACAUGGAGUUGUUCCAGUUCCGAAAGAAGGACCCCGAGUACUACGGAUCCAGCUUUGUGUAUGAUCUGGAGGACAUGAACGCCGUUUUUGGCCCUUCUCUGGGUGAGUUUGAGUCCGAGAUUGCCGAGGCCAACCUCAAUCUGUCUCUUGUCAACUCCGAGACGGAGCUGUCUCUUGCCUGGGGUCAGCUGCUUGUGGUGGCUAUUGACGUCAAGAUUGCCGAAAGCCUGGGAGACAUUGUGGUUGCAUUGAUGGAGAUUUCUCUGGGUGGUAUGAUUGCUCCCGUGUUCGAGGGCGUCUACAAUGCUCGUCUGGAGGUCAUUUUUCACAUUCUCAAGUCUCCCGAGCUAAAGGACGUCGACGUCACGGAGGGUCUGAAGCUCUGCUGGGCCAUUCUUGAGUCCACUGACGUUUCUUUCUUGUCUUCUCUUUCUGGCACUUCACGACUCUAUAAGCCUGUUUUGAGAAGCAUUAGCAUCCUUGUUCGAAAGGCUCUCGAGAACCCUGAGGCAGAUAUGGCGCAGGUCCUGCAUGGCAUUUCGGAUAUUGUGCUUGCCAAGGGCUCGUAUGCUCUUGCCAACGCCAUUCAGUAUGACGUGAGCCACAAGGGGCAUUCUGGCGAGACGGUGGACGUUGAUUUCCUGAUUGAGGAUCUCCGAAUCAUGGUUGUCUUGCUGCGAAACCUGUUGUCGUUUGAGAACACUUGUGUACCUGUUUCUCUAGCCCAGUUUGCCCUUAAGAUCCAGGACACUGGGAGCAUUCGGUCUCUUCUGUCGCUGUACUCGUACUCUCAGGAGAUUGAUCCCGUCUUUGGCGAGCUGACUCUGCUGUUCCUGCUUGAGUUGCUGCAGAACGAUCAGUUGUCCGAGCAGGUGGUUUUGAACGGUCUUGUGGGAGCUCUGACUGAGGCUCCCAUCUCUCGAGAGAUUCAGAAGGGUAGUCUUCACCAGGGCCGACUGUACUACAUCUGGAUCCGGGGUAUUCUCCCCAUCAUGCUGACCGUGCUGGUGAGGCUUGGAGGCCGCAUUUCGCCGGAAAUCACAAUGCUGCUGAGCUUCUUCCAGCUGCAAAUCGAGACCGCCAUCAGAAACCUGAUGGAGCCCGUCACCAUUUCGCUGUCGUUCGUCGACGAGCUGCAGCAGAUUGUUGUGCUCUUGCAAGUGGUCCCUAACGACCUAAAGGACACCUACAAGCCCAUCAUUCUGGACGGCAUUGCGUACCUGCAGAAGCACCCCAAGCUGCUGGCGUCGCUGACCACCGUGGGUAACACGCAGGAGCAGCAGUUGCAUGAGGACGUCAACGCCAAUGGCAUUUCCAAGUUGGUGACCAAGAUUCUGGACCGGCUGGCGGAGGUGGCUACUCUGGGGGGAGAGGGAAUUGAGGAGUAUUAG